AUCAAAAUGUAUCCGAAUUGUCAGCGACUGGCUUUUACUUUUAAACGAACGGAUCUAAGUUCAACUGGUGGACACAUGUACUGUUUGAGUCUUCGCGAUGCGAAUAACGUGAGUACGAUUGUUCCUUAUUUUAGAAUAAUCUGUUAUUGGAACGUCUAGGCAUACGUGUUAUGAAAAGGACAGUUGGAUAUCUAGCCUUUCGAAGAGCGCUGUCAAUUAAUUUAUUACCAAGAGCCAUUUUGGAUAUGUGUUUGCUUACCUGUCGUUUUGAUACAAAGUAAUUUCGAUACACCAGGCGAUACAUCUCGCCCAGAUACAAAUUGAUUCAGUCGAGGUGGACAACUAAUAUUUCGCGACAUUUGUUUUUCUUGCUCACGUGCAAUAACUAUACAUCAGGUAAUCGCAAUAUUUUUGCAGUUUCACUGCUUAAGUUCGUAUCGAAAUGACUCUUUUCCUUUACAGUUAAUUGAUCAGAUUACAUUCUUGUUCUCACGCCAAAUGUGUCACGUUAAUUAAGCUUUGUGUCCGUCCUCUUUCGCUCACACAUAGCAAUACCAACCACAAAACGAACAGUGAAUGCUCUGGCUCAGGCCUUGCAAGCUUCAUGAUGAUUUUAGUGGAAUCAAAUAUUAUUGUGUUAGAUCUUGCGAGAAUGAAUGAAUGUAUAGUUGGCAAGUAAAAUUCAAUAAUGAAAUUAUAUAUUAUAGACAUUUAACUUAUUAUAUUGACUCAGUUAAGCCUAAAAUGGUUAUUUUUCUGCUUGGGAAUUCCUGAAAAGUUUCAGGAACAUGAUAUUUUGACAUUUAGUUUGUUACAUGUAAACAAUCAGGACCUUAUACAUACACUACACACGUGUACAGCUGGUUCAAUAAAGGUUCCUUUGGGCAUUGGGAAUUGAGCAAUAGUAAGCUGUUGUUUGGUGCUCACUCAGGGAAAUCAUAUUGUAUUGUUUGGUAUGCCCAAAUGCCCAAUAGCCAACCUUUACUUAAUCAGCUAUAUACAGUGUAGCUUCUGGAGAAGUGACAACCACAAGCUAUAAAUGACAUCCAGUAUUUUCAUUGAUUACAUUUUAAAACAAAAUCUUCUAAUAAUCUCUUGUCCAUACAAAAAAAUAUGCAGUGACUUUGUUAACCUCUGCUUCCGGUAUCCCUGUUGCAUAAAAAUCCCCAAAGAUGCAAAAUGAUAAUAUUGAUGGCAUGCAUUCCAAUGGACGCAAAGAUCCAUAAAAAAUCUGAACAUGCAUGUGUAUUUGUAGAAAUAUCACAUUUGUGCAUUCUGUGGCAGUUAUUAUGGCUGUUGUUGAAGGAUGCAUGUUUCCUUUAGCCUUUAGAAGGACUGCCUUUUAAUUUCAGUGUACAACAGUUUAUUUUCUACUACUGUAAACAACUAGAGGAAUUUACCAGAAAAUAAUUAUAAUAAAUAAAUAAACAGUACAUACAUUAGUGUGACACCCAAAAUAACUAAAAAGCUAAACUAGCUAGUUAUAUCACAGUUACUUUUUAUCUUUGUUUCGGAAAGGCCAAUAACAUCGAAUGCUGUAGAUCUGAUAGCGGCAUUGUCAAACCAUCAUGGUUAGCAGAAAGGCUCCUUACGUUGAAAUGAAUUGUAGAGAAGAAAGGCAUAGAUUUGCUCUGAGAAGGCAUAGCUUUGCUCUGAUUUGCUUUUUGUACUGCAGUAAUACAGAUUUUUGGAGUCUGUCAAGCUAAUAAGUCAGAUUAACUGUCUGGGCCCAGUUGUUCGAAGGCCGAUUAGCACUUAACCUGGGGUUAAAUUUAACCCAGGUUUCUUUUUCUGGUAUUCUAAAGCAUUUUCUCGGAUAAUUUUCUCUGUUAUUUUUAGAGCUUCCAAUCAUCAACUUGUACACAAAAAGAAUUAAAAGUGAAAUGCUUUUGAAGCAAUCUGAAUUCAAAUCUUGCACUAACCCUGGGUUAUCGUAACCCAGCUUUGAACAACUCGGCCCUGGUUACACAAAGGCCCAAGCAUUUUCAAUUACAGACUUGCAAUUGUAUAUUUGUUUUAUCUGGGAGUCAAUGUUUCUGGACUGGGACUCAAUAUUUUUCACAAGAUGAGUCCCAGGACUCACCAUAACUAUUUGUAGCCAAAACCACUGAAUAUAUAUUCACGUCUCCAACUUUUCCAUUGAAAAGCAAUAUCACCCAAGCAUUUUGUUGCACCAUUCUUUGCUUGUACUUAACUCUUUGAAAAUAGACAAGUAAUGUCAUUUUCUGACAAUCCCAAAGAACUGUUGUUUAUUUAAGCUAUGCAGAUAUCCCUGCCAGUUUCUUUGUAUAGCCUGUGCUACACCGUAUCUAGCAUCGAUUUUGUUUGCCUUGUUCAUAUUCCUGAUGCACUAAAGAACAGUAAUUUAUCAAGUCCUAAAAAAAACGUUUUCUUAGGACCUAUAUAUGUCUGUAUGACAGUGAAUCGUCACUUUUUUCUCUAAAUUCAAACAAUUUUAUACAGACACCCAUUGACUUAUAGUUAUUAGGACAUUUUUUCUAGUAAUAACAACUUAAGGAAUACAAAAACCUUUUUUCAGUUAACAGAUUUGGUCACAACUAUAAUCUUGGUCAAUCUUACUAAUACGGUUUCUUUCUUAUCAACUGUUUGCUGUAAUAAGACCUACAGUGUACAUGUGCUUUUUUCAAAUUGAAAGAAAUAAUACUGUUACUUUAAAAUUGAAACAGCAUGUCAAUGUUUAAUGAUGCUAGAGUCCCGUAUUAUUUCUCUAGCAGUACUUUUUAAUUUCUUUUUUAUGGUCCCCUCAGGGUCUGUAUUAACAGAGUUUCACUGUUUGAUUAAAAUGCAUUAUUUGUCAAACAGUCAUACAGACUUCUUGUCAAAGUAGGACAGUAUCAUGCAUGAAAUUAACAACAAAAACAGACUGUGAUGUACAAGAACUCAGAUGCUGUUAAUUAAUACAGUGUAGCUAUUAUUUAUUUCUUACCCUAACCCUCAUUCCUGAAUUAAUGGUGGAGGAAAAUUAUGUCUUUCCAGCAUUCUUAUUUAUUUCAGUUAUACCAGUGAAGUCUAUUCUAGUUUUUGUUAAUUUCGCCUAUCUGUUUCCAGAUCUGUAGCUGUUGUUUCAUUGAAUGAUCCUCAGCGUGCAAAGAAAUUAGUGUCUGACAGGCCAGGGCUAUUGGAUUUUGCCAUCGGGCUAGUGAUUUUUGUUCUUAACUAGAUAGCCCGACAGGCAAGUGCUUUUUUUUUGGGAAAAUUCAAAUUACAGAAGGAUGGCCAUGGUAAUCACUCCUGCUAAUGAAAAAGGGUUUUGAGGCUAGUUGAAAUGACUCGUGGGCUAGAGUACACAGCUAGCUACAGCUUGCCUGAAUGGCAGGCUGUAAAACUGACUUUCUUUGCACCCCUGGCCUGGAUCCUUUAGUGUUUUACUGGGCAGUUAUUACUGUACCAACAACUUGUGACCUUUGUUUUGUACAAAUGAAUUUGGCUAAUAGUUGUAUUAUAGUAGGAAAGAAAAUAAGCUAUCUAAUUUCCUUUAGAAAUCUUUAUUAAACCUUUAGUUAGUGAUUUCAUUGGACAAUUUUAGAAUACACUUUUCUUAAGUAGUGUUUUAAUUUUUAACAAACAAUCAUUUGUGAAUAUGGUGAGUUUUAAAGAAAAUUCCCAAGACAUACAUGUACGUGGUUUAGACAACUCCAGAUAUGUGAUGUCAUUUCUAAAGGGUUUUUCAGCUGGCUUUUAAUGGUGUUUUUGAAACCUUGCUUUUAUUUUCAAUUUUUUUUACAAAGAAAAUGCUUAAAUUUUUAUUUUAUUUGUAAUUAAAAAUGGGUUAAAAUACCAUUAAAAACAGGUUAAAACACCAUUAAAAGCAGGUUAAAACACCUUUAAAAACAGUUUAAAACACCAUUGAAAACAGGUUCAAAAUCACCAUUUAAAGACAGGUUAAAACACCAUUCAAAACAGGUUCAAACACCAUUUAAAGCAGAUCAAAACACAUUUAAAAACAGGUUAAAACACCAUUUAAAGCAGGUUAAAACACCAUUAAAAACAGGUUAAAACACCAUUAAAAACAGGUUAAAACAGAUUAAAACAUCAUUAAAAACAGGCUAAAACACCACUGAAAACAGAGUUAGACAACAUUUAAAGGCAGGUUAAAACACCAUUCAAAACAGGUUAAAACACCAUUUAAAGCAGGUUAAAACACCUUUAAAAACAGGCCAAAACACCUUUAAAAACAGGUUAAAACACCAUUAAAAACAGGUUAAAACACCUUUAAAAACAGGUUAAAACACCAUUAAAAACAGAUUAAAACACCAUAAAAAAUAGAAUUUGGUACCUGUUUUAAAUGAAGUUCUCAAAUACAAUUAAAACAGUUUUAAAAAUAUAUCAAAAAUAUGUUAAAAAUAGUGUUUGGUUUGGUAUGCAUGGUUUGGUUUGCAUGACACCCAAAAGUUUGAAUUAUAAUUAUGUAUUUUCUUUCGCUUAGGAUCAGAGACAAACCUCUUCACUCAAAAGGGGUGUUAACACUCAAAAGGAUGCUUGAGGGCGUAACGCCAGAUUCUGUUAAUUUACCCUUUCUUUUGAUCAAAGUAUAUUUUUAGUGAUUUGCAGUUCUGUUCAACCAAUGAGAGGCAAUACCCAGAUCUGGGUAGUGAUUCGUCGUCAAGUCGCAAGCUGCUUUCAAUCCAAUGUAGUAUGUGUUAGGAAAUAUUUACCCAGACGUGUAAUUUACAUUAUUCUUUAUUUCGAAAGUGAAAUUCUAGAAGGGGAUGGCCUGGCUGCAGCCUUACCAGGUCGAGGAUUUGAAUUAUUUCAAAUUUUCCUCCCUUGUGCUCAAUGAAUUUCCAAAAGCCCUGAGACAGACCUUGAAGAUGAUGUGGGACAACACCUAUAAACAUAGUCAUGAUUUUAAGGCUUGAAUUGAUUCUACUGCCGUGAGAAAUUUGUUUGCCAAGAAGAUCGAUGAUGGGACUAUUUGUGAAGAAGUCCCCUCUUUAAUUUUAUGAAUGCUUCGAUGUCAGUAGCUAAUCCUUUUACUGAUUCAGUGACAUCCUCCAGUCUUAUAGCAAUUUGACUUUUGCUGUUUUCGCUCAAAUUCCAUUGUUUUGCAGAGAAAGCGAUGUGACCAAAAACUGAUAUGCAAAUCUUCAACUUUUGCUAAGUUCCUGCUAGCUGCCAUUUUGAAUAAUUAUAGAGUUCUUUCGACUUUGUGAUUAUUCUUGACAAUGUCCGACAAUCCAUAACUAACUUCUCAUACAUUUACAUCUUGUCUCUUCCUUAAGAAACAGAAAAAUGGAAAUGAAAGGGAAAAAAGAAGAAAAAAGGAAAAUAAAAGAGAAAUGAAAUUUAGAUUUUUUCUGUCAAGUCAACGUCAAUAGUGAUGUCUCCACUUGAGACUAUUUCCUUUCGUAAACAACAGUCGUUCACUCAAGAAAGUUAUGAUUUAAUAUAUGUUCGGGAUAAGAUUACCAAACAUUAGAGGAAAAAUUAGAAGGAUUUAAGAAGAAAGAAAGUUAAUAAGUCUCCCGCCCUCUCUUGUUUUGAUGACUUUCAAAGGCAAUGUAAGUGUUGUAGUUCAAUUUUAUCCCUGGUUCAAGUGUUAUUUUCAUUUGUUUGAAAUAAAUUUCCAUUAUUGUACAUUACCACACCCUAAAACAAAGAAAUAUGAUACUUAAACCAAGGAUAAAAUUGAACCACAACAGUAAACAAACGAUAAUAUCUUUUAGGAUAUUAGAAGAUAUUAAAAAAACCUACUCUUUGGCAGAAAUGCUUUAUAUUUUUAUAUCGCACUUCAGUCAUUGAAAACACCUCAAAAUAAAUUGUGAACAAUAUGGAGAUUUUUGACACAAACAAGUUUGUAUAGGUAAUAGUAUGAUUUGUAGUGAUAUUUGGCAUAAAUACCACGAGUGAUAUUUCAAAAUUGUUAUACGUAAAUAUCACGAGUGGUAUUUAUGCCUAAUAUCACGUACAAAUCAUGCUAUUAAUUGUUUAUACUACUACCCGCAAAAGGUAUGUAAUUUUCACAUGUAGGUAUUUCAAAUUAAGCUGAAAUACCACUGCUCUAAGCCAAUCAAAUUGCAGAAAUUUCUCAUGUAGUAGUAUAACUCAUGGAAGGUAUUUUCUUUAGAAUUUUAAAAACUGUCUGUAACUUUAUGUAGGGAUUUGGUUAAGUUUUGUUUGUUUAUUUAUUUAUUUAUUUAAAAAAGGGGGUAUUGCUGAUUGUAAGCUGCGUGAAAAUAAAAAAAACUAACAAAUGGAUUUUGUAAACCUGACAAAUUCCAAAUUUUAGGCUUGUGUUUUUCUUGUCAUCCAUGUUGCCAUGGUAAUGAUCGAAAUCUCACUUUUUACCUAUUUAAUCUCUUAUAACAUAUGUUUUCCAUGAGAAAUUUGAGCUUUAUACCUGAGUGUUGACAAUCCACAACCUAUCAAACUGUGUUCAUUCACCUUAAGGGUAAUGCCUGGUGUUAAAUACCAGGCUCCACUGCGGUGUAUAUAUAUCUGAGUGUUUUGGCAUUUUCAGUUUCUAUUUCCUGUUUUUCUUUUUUCCUUUGUGAUUGGAUGCAGAUGCCCUCGGGGUAAAUUUAAUGAAAAGUCGACUUUCGUUUGUUCAGAUUAGUAUAAGGCCCGACUUUGAGCCCAGAAAGUUUGGUCAUUGCAAGCCCUGUUAUUUUCCGUCCUAUUCUGAUUGUGUCCAAGAUGGCAGGAUUUUGAGCAACGGUUAUCGAGGUAUAUUGUUACAAGCUUUUUGCAGUUAACGUUACUUUAGAAGUAGCUAAUAUUUAAUAACAAUAUUUGAUAACAAGUUGUCGUGGUCAGAUCAUGCUGCAAAUGUAGCGAAGUCCUUCGCAUCCAAGUUAAGUCUACUCCGACGCAUGCGAUUCCUCCCUCAGAAGCAAUUAGAAGAUUUCUACACAAAAGUGAUACUGCCAUCAGUUACAUACGGUCUGACAGUGUGGGGAUCGUGCAACAAGACACACCUAAAAAACUUGGAGAAACUCCAUGCAAGGGCUGGACGGAUUGUAAAUGGGCUGCCAUGGGACACAAGCGCUGAAGAUGUCUUAAUGCGAACUGGAUGGGAUAGUUUGGAAACAAUGUACAAACUGCGACUAACGGAGUUUGUCUUCAAAUGUUUAAAAGGUUACACCGUCACGGAAUUUAAAAAUUUGUUUUUACAGAGGAAUUCAGGCUGCAGAAGAAAUGAGAACAUCAUUCUUCCAAGACCAGAAACAAAUUUUAUCAGGAACUCCAUACGCUUUAGAGGAGCAAUCGCAUGGAACACUUUAACGAACAAGGAAACAGGGGCCAAAACCUUGAAAGAAUUUAAACGCUGUCUCGUAAAAUUUGAUACCGAUAAAAUGCAUUUCGAACCAAUCUUAGCUACUACCAAAAAUAGAGAUAUCGGUUACGAAUACUUUUAACAGUUUUAAUUUUUAAUUGUACAUUUUCACGACCUAUUUCAAACAUUUUUAACAGUUUUUAGUUUUUAAUCGUACUUCUUAUUUUUCUUGUAAUUGUUAGUAUGCACGACCCCACCAGCAAUGCUGAUCUUUUUAUCGUGCUAAAAUAAAGUUCUUAUCUAUCUAUCUAUCUAUCUAUCUAUUUGAUAACCAGGUUAAAACUCGUCGGGUUGUCUACUAUCAGGGAGUUUUUUCUUGAACGGCGCGAAUAAUUUCUAAGAACUGCAUAAGUGCCGGAAGUUUUCAAAUCUAUAUGUCCUUGCAAACGUCUGCUUUAACAGCUGGAAAGUGAGUAUGAGAAUGCCUUUUUGUUUAAAGUAAGAAUUCUCUUUUCACAAAUUCGUUCAUUGAAAAUUGGCGCAAUCGAGUCGUCUGCCGAAAACAAGCAGAAAGAUCACCGAGCAUCAUAAGGAAGCCUUUUAUUUAUCACAGUUCCUGUGUCAAAUGGGUUGUAAUAUGAGGGAUUGAAGCUGAAAGGUUGCUCGCUUACUCGAUCAACCGUGGAAUUUUGUUUUAUCCCUUGAGCUUUCAAGAUGGACUCUGCUCCGCAACGUUUCGUUGAUUUUGUACGAUAACUUGGCCUGUUUCUUGGCAGAGAGUAUUUUAGUCUCGCUUUGUUCUUUGUUUUCCAUUUUUUUCCGGAGGAUUGGUAGUUACCUUGUCUGUUGUGAUCCACCCCAAGUAAGUAGAGCUACUGCAUUAAUCUUAAUUUAGGUCUUUGUACAAAUCUUAUCAGUUUGCAAACUUUAUUGGUCGAAAAGGAUUACAGAAAAUGCUAAAUUGUGUUCAAUAUCUCAAAAAAGAUGAGGGACUUUUCGAGUCAGGAGACAAAACCCAAAGAUGUAUUUGUAACAAUGAAAACAUUCCAAAAAUACCACGUUCUUUUGAUCGUUCCAGCGUUCGCCACAUACACCGUCGCAAAAGAAAGGUUAACUUUUCAAUUUAGGAUGAUCCUACUGAAAAUGUACUGCGCCGUGUUUAUAUAUGAAGGUUGAAGUGAUCCACCAUGCUGCACAUCCAUUUAAUAUGAUGUCGUGUCCAUGGUGCAGAACAGUAGUUUAAAAAUCUGUGAUUUAAUAAAGUUGUGAGAAUGAUAACUGAUUAUUUAUUAAUAAUUAUGCUCGAGAUGAUCUAUGUUGGCAAUCGUUUUGAACUCGUCGUCGUGUAAGUGAUAUAGCGAACAAUAGCGUAAAUAUCUUUGUUGUCAUACAGGCGCCUGUUCAAAUGGUCAGAGUGAUGAGAGAGUGUCGCCUUUUCACUCAACUUACACUUAGUAUCUGCACAGUCUUGGAGAAACUGCUGUCAUAUUCACAAGAUUCGCUUUAUUUUCUUUUGUUGAAUAUGUUACGUGUAUACAUGUGCCAGUGGGGUAUUUUGUAGUCCUCAAAUGAUCGAUGGUGUUUUAAAUAAUCAGUUCCGGUACUAUAUGUGCAGCGCGAGCUGUUCCUUGGCACUGGUUUUCAAUGAGUUUGUUUUUAUACAUUCAGAAAGUGGUCAACGAAUCUAAAGUCACCGAUAAAUAUGCAGACAAUUCGGCGUUAUUCACCGGAGUGCGUUAAUUACGAUUUUUUUUUGUCACUACGAUCUGGCGGAAAAAUUGUGACUCAUCGUGCAGGAUUCUUUACCCCAACUUUUCUUUCAAAAUCAGAAAGUGCUACUGUUUUGGCCCCCAAGCAUAUUCUGUGAGGCUUAUUUAUCCAGCAUAAGCCUGAAUGUUUGUAUUCUGUUAUCGGCGUAACAAUAUGGUUUGAUUCUACGACUGAGUUAGCCUGUUUCAGGCGUUGAGAUAGUGGACCGAGGGCGCGAAAUAAACGCCCAGGCUACUACUGAGUAUGUAGCAAUUUACGUUCAUCAUGACACCAAAAAGUUUGAAUUAUAAUUAUGUCUUUUCUUCCGCUUAAGAUCAGGGAAAAACCCCUCCACUAAAAAGGGGCGUUAACACUUAAAAGGAUGCUUGAGGGCGUAACGCCAGAUCAUUAUUUAUUUUUCCUUUCCUUUGUUCAAAAUCUAUUUUCAGUGAUUUGCAGUUCUGUUCAACCAAUCAGAGGCAAUACCCAGAUCUGGGUAGUAAUACGUCAUCAUGUCGUGGGCUGUUUUCUCAGGCCAUGAAAAAAAAUAUAUAUAUAUGAAUGAAAUGAAGUACGACUGUUAUUAGGAAAUAUUUAGUUACCGUAAUUUACAUUAUUCUUUAUUUUGAUAGUGAAAUUCUAGGCUGGGAUGGCCCUGCAGCCUUACCAGGAUGAGGAUUUGAAUUAUUUCAAAUUUUCCUCCCUUGUGCUUAAUGAAUUCCCAAAAGCCCUGAGACAGACGUUGAAGACGAUGUGGGACAACAUCUAUGGACAUUGUCCUGGUUUCCAGCUCUGGGAUGAUUCUUCUACCGUGAGAAACUUGUUUUCCACUACAGAAGGCGAGAGAACCAAAGUUCCUGUUCAUCAAUCGUAUGACGAAUGGGAUUGUACUGCUUUGUUCCAGGCCACUAUCUACUCGCGAACCUUCGCCUUACAUCAUGGGACCCUAAAUGACGUGUAUGUUAAGCCCCGUGGAUUAUCACAUGGCCAUUUUCACCCGUCCGUAGUAAGCACUACUGGAAACAAUGCGGAAACCUGGGCACUAGCGAUUGAUCAGUUACGCCUUCUGAGGAAUUCUGUUUGCCACUCAACAAGUUCUGAGAUGACAAAAGUAACUUUUGACCAGUACUUGAAACACGCCAAAGACGCGUUCCAAGCACUGGGUGUCUCCACAGCGCCAUUUGAUGCUGUUGGUAGUUUAUCAGAGUCGGACUUUCCCAUAAGUAAAGUCCGCAGACUUGAACAGGCUAUCAAAGAAGAGAAUAAAUCGUACAUAAAAUUUCUUGAGGCUGUGAAUUCAGACAUUGGAGAGUUGAAGAAGAAAGUGGAGGGCGAUAUUGCUAGCAAAGACGACGUCGCCAUGUUGGCACGAAAAAUAGAUGAACUCAAAGCUAUGGAAGACGUCAGCGAUAACAAAGAAUACAUUAGUAUGUCGGCGCGGAAAGAAGGUGAGUUAAAAAGCUAGUGAAGAAAAAAAAAUGCGCAACUCAAUUAACAAGGCUUAUCAAGCUAAUCUACCCUGCUGAAAAUGUAACUGAAAUCCUAAGCAAAGUAUUUUCACCACUUCCAAAACCCCAAAUAUGAUUGUAUUGGACUUGGAAGAAAUCCACCUCUUAUUGGCUCUUGCCACGACAGAACAGUAAUUUACAUGUGCGUUUCACGGUUUCACUGGAUAUAAAUUACAAGGAGUGUCUUAAUCGAGGCCGGAAUCAUAGAUCGUGAGUCAUUCGUUUAAUAUUUUUGUCAGCUGCUGAUUAUUACUUUGCACACCAAGUUACCGGCUAUAUCUGCGCUAUACAUAGUCAAUUUGAAUUCGCUAUAAUUUCGUCAUCAGUAUUAAGGUUAAUUACCGUUCUUGUUAUGCAUCCCUGACAUUGUUGCUAUACUGGCGGUUCCAUAAAAGAUGAAAAAUCUAAAAACAUAAGUGAAGGGUAUGUAUCCGAAACUCGGUACCAAGAAGCCCUGACACUCCAGGGCUGGUUUGCCUUCCGCUACUUCCACCCAUAAUCAUCACAUCGCUACUUUUUCCUGUACACUCGUUCUAAUUACCUAAAUCAAAUAUCUGAUAUUCAAUUGCUUGUUUCUCUUUUAAGAUAUCCCAAUAUCACUAUUGGGAUCUAAUUUAAAGGCUGGCAAUCGUUUUGUAGAGAAUCAAUCUUGUGAAGCUGAAAACCUUUAUAAACUCGGAAUCGACAAACGUAAGAAUCAGGAUUUUCAGUCAGCUCUUCAAGCUCAUCCGUUUGCCCUGGACAUACCUGUUAAACUGUUUGGAGAAGAACACCAAAGUAUUGCUGACUGUUAUUACGAACUGGGGAUAACACAGCGCAAACAAGGUGAUUUCAAAGCAGCCCUUCAGUCUCACCUGCGUGCGCUGGACAUACGUAUUAAAUUGUUUGGAGAAGACCACCAAAGUACUGCUGACAGUUACUACGCACUGGGGAAAAUACAGCAUAAACUGGGUGAUUUCAAAGCAGCUCUGCAGUCAAAACAGCGUGCGCUGGAUAUACGUAUUAAACUGUUUGGAGAAGACCACCAAAGUACUGCUUACUGUUACUACUCACUGGGGGCAACUCAGCAAGAACUAUAUGACUUUGAAGGAGAUCUUGUGUCUACAAAGCAAGCGCUGGGUAUACGUAUUAAACUCUUUGGAGAAGAUCAUCGAAGUACUGCUAAGUGUUACUACGCACUUGGGAUAACACAGCAUAUUCUAGGUGAUUUCAAAGCAGCGCUUCAAUCUCUCCAGCGUGCUCUGGACAUACGUAUUAAACUGUUUGGAGAAGAACACCAAAGUACUGCUGUCCCUUACCACGCACUGGGGCUAACACUCUUUAAUCUAGGUGAUUCAAAAGCAGCUCUUCAAUCUUAUCAGCGUGCGUUGGAAAUAAGUAUUAAACAUUUUGGAGAAGAACACCAAAGUACUGCUGACUGUUACUUCUCACUGGGGGUAACACAGCGUGAACUAGGUGAUUUCAAAGCAGCUCUUCAAUUUCACAAGCGUGCCCUGGACAUACGUAUUAAACUGUUUGGAGAAGAACACCAAAGUACGGCUGCCCGUUACUACGAACUGGGGAAAACGCAGCAUGAACUAGGUGAUUUCAAAGCAGCUCUUCAUUCUCAAGAGCGUGCCCUGGGCAUAAGUAUUAAACUAAUUGGAGAAGAACACCAAAGUACUUCUGACUGUUACUACUCGCUGGGGGCUAACACAACAUGAACUAGGUGAUUUCAAAACAGCUCUUCGAUCUCACAAGCGUUCGCUGGACAUACGAAUUAAACUGUUUGGAGAAGAACACCAAAGUACUGCCGACUGUUACUACUCCCUGGGGAUAACACAGCAUGAACUAGGUGAUUUCAAAACAGCUCUUCAAUCUCAACAGCGUGCCCUGGGCAUACGUAUUAAACUGUUUUUAAGAUCAGAAAAGCACUGCUAUCAGUAACUGGGAAGUGGAGAAAAUACAGCGCGCAUUGGAUGGCUUGAAAGGAGGGCAUAAGUAGUUUAAUAAUUCAGUUUUCUAAGACUAGAUAUUUUUGCUUGUUUUUUAUAAUAACAGUGUCAAAUUAUUUUAAUAUUAAUUUUGUUUUUAUGUUUUACAGAGGGCCACAAGUUUAUCAGUUUUAUCAUAACUGUCACGUGUUUACUCUCUUUAAAUAGAGGCGUUACCUUACCUUACCUUACAUGGGCGACGGUAACAAGAACGUCAAAAGACCAAUGGCUAUACUAAUUAAAGCAACAGUAUGCACUGUGUUCCUGUAGCCUAAUUUAUUCCAAAAUAGAAUUAACUGGAAUUAUUUUGUAUCCCAGCAAACAGAGCUCAAACAAAGUAGGACUCCGCCAACAUCAGUCAUUCUCUUGUCAUUGUCUUAAUAUCUAACAGAACAUAAAUCAUGAAUACUGAUAUGAAAGGACUAAGACUGGAUGCAGUGGCGGUGUCACAGCGUUUUGGGCAUCCCCGCGUUUUGGGCAUCCCCAUUCCCAUAUCCCUAGCGUUUUGGGCAUCCCCGGUGGGGGAUGCCCAAAACGCUGAUCACUUCGACUUUGCCUAAAUUAUUUCAGACUGGGGAAAAGUCGGGAUUGUUAAUCACGAAUUUGCGGCUAAAUAGUGUAGAUGCAUGUUAGAAUUAUGUCGUCCGACACUUUUGCCGGGUCAAUUGCGCAGAAAAAAACCCAUAGGCAGUAAACGUAAGCUCAAAACAUGACGAAACUGAAAUUUACAACCGCAUAACAUCGCUUCGAUGCACAACACUUCAUUGUUUGCAAAGCUUUCAAUUUUAUUUAAUAGAACUGUUUACAAGCGAGCAAUGUCGCAAUCACCGGCAGCUGCGAUCGUCUGAUUCCAAACAGCCAAAAACAAGAAUACUAAACAAAGGAAUCAAAAGGCAAACAUGAAUAAAACUGCGUUUUGCGGUGUUGCAUUCAUAGUAUUCAUGACAUUUGAGGCCUGUACAACUUAACCCCGUAGGGCUACUUGAUACAGCAAAGGCUGUCACACAAUUACUGAGGCCUCAAAUCAUCAGUGGCACUCUUCAGGAAGACCCUCGCUUUAUCUUCCUCGGCGAUAACAAGACGUCGAAGCGCUGUGCCAUCCUUCUCCUUGGCCACGUAGCACAAGGACUCUAAUUUUGAGUCAUACUCAAACUUUUUGGCGAAUUUUCUAAGAAUUGUUUUGUCCUGCUUUGUAAAGCCUUCCGGAUAAACCUUAUUUUUAAGAUACCGGAACAGAUUUGUAUAUUUAGCGGAAUCCAUCUCUAAAAGGUUUUCGAUUUUCCCGCGAAAUCCCAAAUUGUUUUGGAGGGGAUGCCCAAAACGCUGCAGUAAUAUGAGAAGGGGAUACCCAAAACGCUAGGGAUAUGGGAAUGGGGAUGCCCAAAACGCGGGGAUGCCCAAAACGCUGUGACAGCGGAUCUGGUGGAGGGGCCUGGGUUCCAAUCUCAUUCUAAGGCCAAAUUGAGGCACAAAGGGCCAAGGAGAAUUAUUUUCGAGGCAGAGCCACCCCUUUU